UGAAUUGACAUGCAUUAUAUUCUACUCAGAAGCUUCAAUCUUGACUAAGAUAAAUAGAUAGAUUGUGUGAUACCACAAACCGCUCCGCAGAAAAACCACUAUUGAUUACUCGAGAUGCGGUCCCAUAGGGAAGUUAAUAUAUAAUGAGAAUGGAGUCAACACUGUUUCAAGUUCCCUGCAGCCUCACCUUCAUCCCAACGCCUCAUGUCUUCCCCUACUGUUUCUCAAAACGAGAUAGCAGACCAGAUUGGGUUCUCAGCGUAUUUCGACGUUGUCUACAUCCUAGGGGCGAGCCUCUUUUAUGGUCUCUCUUUACCUGUUUUCGCACUUUCGAUAAAUGUUUUAAGACAAAGAGCACGCAACUCCAAACCUGUCCGAUUCCUUUUAAUCCUCACAUGUCUCACUCUGUUCUCCGUUACCGGGCAAUUCAUCACCAAUGUCGGGGAGACCCUCACCGGGUUGUCUUGGUCUCAAUCUCCUAGUGAUAGCAUCUCAUAUCUUGAUCGAAUGGCUAGCGCAUCCGCGAGGGCAGAGCCCUAUGGGAUCGCUUCCCUGAUUUUUCAGGUUAUCAAUUUCUUUGCCGGGGAUGCAAUUGUCGUGUGGUGCAUUUCUGUUCUUUGGUACCAUUCAAGAGCUGUGUGGUAUACAUUGUGUGUACUGUUGGCUGGAAGUGCAGCUGCAUCAAUAUAUGACGUGACAAAUUUCUCCAUCAUCCUCACAAGCAACAAGGGAGCAAGCGGAAAUGGAUUCUUGAAGGGCAAUGCUUCAAGUAUGUUUGUCUCGUUAGCUGUGAAUCUCGCGGCGAUGAGCUGUAUUAUGAGUAAAGCUUGGCUCUUCCAACAGUCAAUCAAGAAAACAAUGUCUCGAGAUCGAGUGAACAAGAAUGUGUCUUUCAAAAUUUUGCUUUCCCUUGUUGAGUGUGGUUUAUUUUACUGUGCAGUUCAGGCAGCAAAUGGAACGUUGACUGUAGAUGACAAUGCGCCUUCAGUACUUGGUUGUGCAAUUGUUGCGCAGUUUACAUUGUUUUUCGCAGGAACACACUCAGCACUCGUAAUCUCAAUCAUCGCCUCCCAAAGAUCCAUUUUGGAAAGCUUUUCAGCAGUGGUCGGAGGCCAUAGAGAGCCUUUAAAGCAAGAUGUUGAGAAAGGAGUCGGAGCCUUGCCAAAGUGUAGUACAAUCCGGUUUGCACCUGGACAAUUUGUAUCCGGCGAGUCGGAGCAGUCGGUAUCUGGGGAUUAUGGGAAUGGGUUCUUCACCACAAUGUCAGCAUCUAGUAGUGAACUUGAGCAGGAGGAUCGAAGCUACAAGGUGGUGACAAACUAGAAAGGGACUCGGAGGACUAUCACUCUGGUUAUUUUAUUUGCAUAGGAUCCUUUCUUGCUGCUAUUUAUCAGCAACUUGAGUAUUCUGUUGUUCAUGUAUCCCUGAUCCAUACCACCAAAAGAUGUGCUGAG